CGACCACCGGCAACAUCAUCCUCGCUUCAGUCUGGAGAAUUGCAGGCGAUGAGUUCAGAGUGCUGUGAAGAGAGGCGGCUCUUUCCCAUGUUUGUGUCACUCUGACUAUGCUGCUCUUGGUAGCGCUGGGCAUCAUUUCUUCUUUCGCUGCGGUCCUUCUCGCCACCGAGAAGGCUGAGAACAUCGACCGCAAACCGCCGGCGGCGCCGCUGCUCAACCUCAGCGGGCUCUCCCUGCCGCCGGAGCACGUACCCUACUUCCUCCACAACAACAAGAGGUUCGCCAAGGAAUGCCGCCUGGACCCGCUCUGCCCUUUUAAAGAUGCACUGCAGGAUCUGCCGGCCUGUUGGGGCUACGAGAAGAACUGUGAUCCAGGGAGGCGCUUUAGCUAUCCAGUGUGUACUAAAGCUGACUCUGGAUGGGCCCAUUCUCUGGAGGCGGCCCAGGAGCUUUUCUGGAAGCAGGCGGACUUCGGCUACGUCAAGGAGCGCCUCUCCGAGCUCAAAACACUCUGCAAGGCCAGCAAGCCAGGGGACUCAUCCUUAAGAUGUAGUAGCCACACUCGCUUCUGUAAGGCAACCAACCUUUACCUGGAUCUCCGAAAGCCGCGCAGAGGUCACGAGAGAUACAAGGAGGACUUCAUUCAGACGGGGCAGAUUGGCGGUUGCUGCAGACUGAACAAGCGGUCGCUCGCUGCCGCGGGAGAGCACAAGAGCCCGUUGCAAUCCUGGUAUGCUGAGCUGCAGACAUACACAGAGCUGGACUUCCAUCCCAUACAGGAUGGGCACUGUGAUGUUGUCAUUGAAAAGCCCUCUGUUUUCAUGAAGCUGGAUGCUGGGGUGAACAUGUACCACCAUUUCUGUGACUUUGUCAACCUCUACAUUUCCCAGCACAUCAACAACUCCUUCAGCUCAGAUAUCAACAUCAUCAUGUGGGACACGAGUUUUUACGGUUAUGGUGAUCUGUUCGGUGAAACAUGGAGGGCCUUCUCCGAGGAUGACAUCAUCCACUUAAAGACCUAUGAUUAUAAAAGAGUGUGUUUUAAAGACGCCUUCUUCUCCCUCCUCCCGAGGAUGAGAUACGGCCUCUUCUACAACACGCCUCUUAUCUCAGACUGCUCCAGUGAGGGGAUGUUCCGGGCGUUCUCCCAGCACGUCCUCCAUCGACUCAACAUCCCGCGAGACGGCCCGAAGGAGGGGCGUGUCCGCGUCACCCUGCUGGCACGCAGCACCGAAUACAGACGGAUAUUAAACCAAGUGGAGCUGGUGAAUGCCCUCAAGGCUGCGCCUCGGCUGCAGGUCAACGUGGUGGACUACAAAUACAAGGACGUCCCCUUCCUGGUGCAGUUGAGGAUCACCAGCAACUCGGACAUCUUCAUCGGGAUGCACGGGGCGGGCCUCACGCACCUCCUCUUCCUCCCGGACUGGGCCGUAAUCUUUGAGCUAUAUAAUUGUCAGGACGAGAGCUGCUAUCGAGAUCUGGCUCGGCUGCGGGGCAUUCGAUACUCGACUUGGAGGGAAAUGGACAAAGUGCACCCGCAGGACAAGGGUCACCACCCGACCCUCGGGGAGCACCCCAAGUUCACCAACUACUCGUUCGACGUGGGCGAGUUCAUGCGCCUGGUGCUGGAGGCGGCCGACGACGUCACGCGCCACCCCGAGUGGCGCCGCCGGACCCGUCACGACGAACUCUAGAGACGUCCGGACGCCGGAGAGCUUUUGGCAGAAUCAUUUUAAAUCAACAACAACAACAACAAAAGUGGCCUCCAUCAGUGGUUCCGUGAGAUUAUUCGUCACUUUCCCCGUCGGGGGGUCGGAUCGCCUCCACCGGCUUUUAUUAGUGUCAAAUCAGUUAGAAGACGCCGCGGCAUCCGGAGAGCGAUGAGACGCGGCCGAUGCGUCUUCAUUACCGCCGCCGCCGCGUCCUCAAAGUUGGCUAACGAGCAGCUGUUUACGGCGCGACAUCUUGUCACAUUUCAUCUCCUCGGAGCCGCUUCUCCAGUCGAAUAUCACGGGUGGUGUUUUUACUCCAAAAGGGAGAGAGAGGCGGUGACCGAGCCCCUCCUGCUACCAAGAGGGAGUUACUGUACAUCAGUGUUUGGACACAUUGAUCGUAGUAAGCACUGUAAAAACAAAGUAUUUGUGACGAAGAUUCUUCCAUUCUUUGUUGAAACAUCAUCAUGUUGCUUUUGUCACAGAGAUCGACUUUUCUUCUUGUCGACAUGAUCUUUUACAAUCGUAACGUUCCUUCUUUAAACCUGUGUGUGUGUGUUGGUUUGAUGCAUUGUGAGUGGGGACAUGACGAGGGUGCUGCUGGUGACCGUGUUACCUUUUUUCUAAACUCUCAAAUGUUGUUUUUUUAUUUUGAAAGCUGGAAAUGGAACGAGCGCAACGUGCCGUCCGAAGCGACGCACCGGAGCGUUUCGAGUUACCCGGCUUCUCUUCGCGAGCGAGACGUUUUAUUUAUCGAGUUGAACUCAGUCAGAACUUUCUGGCUUUGCUUUGACUCGUGCUGCGAUUUCAUAUUCAAACGCUGUGUGAUGUUAUGAAAUAAAUGAUUCUUAAAAAAUGCUGAA